GCACAAACACCUGGUCUUCUUUCAGUCAAACAAGGGUGGAUGAGUUUUGACCAAAAAUGAAAUGAUGGUGCAACAGUAAAAAUACCGUCUUUAUUACUUUUGAGUUUUGGCAUGCUACACUGAGAAACAAAAAGAUAAAAAAGCGAAGACUAAAUAAAACUAUACCCAUCCUACGCCGAGCUGUGUGGAAAAAAAAUAAAACAGGAAAAAUGACAGAUAACCUCCAGUUUGAGUUGAAAGACUUGGACCAAUCCAAGUGCCAGAUUGCAGACCGGAACGGGGUGCUAUUUAUCAUGUGCCACAACCACACUGUCCUGCCCUGGUGACGUAAGUACCUGGAUUUUUCAGAUCGUUGCUGGACUCGAAGCUUGAACUUUAGACACGCAGCCUACACAUGUCGAGAAGUUCUGCAGCUGUUUGUAUAGCUGCAAUUAUAGAGUGAUUUUGCAUUAUAGAGUGAUUUUGCAUUAUGAACAAUCACGGGCGAGGGGGAGGUGGUUUUCGUUUUUCCAGCUGACAUUUAUCGACACCAAACCGGAAUCCUACGUACCUGAAAAAUGGCGGAUUUGUAUGGGAGGGAAGAAACACUUUGUCGUGAAGGGCUUUUUGUUUCCGAAUCCGAUCGUAUGCACGACUUUUGUUUUCAUAAUUGCAUGGUAAGUAAUGCAGACUCGGAGACGAGCACGAACUGCAGCUGCUGUUCCUCAGAUGAUCUGACGAAGUUUUAUCUGUGCACGGAAACAAAAACAGCUCUAAGUAGUCUUUUCUUUUCCAUAAGCUUAUGCGAGCCGUGGGCCUACGAAGUGCGUUACACGACCGCGUGGGGGAAGCACGUAAGAAGUGAUGUCGAGUAGAAUUCUGCGUAUUAUAGCUACGAAAGCGAAUGAGAUUAAAUCACAAUUAUCAGGCGUCGUCAUGAACAGCAGGAAAAACCUCACAACCAAUAACAGGAUUACUGCCUUGCCUGCGAGAAGCAGGCGGGUAAUGAUCACAUCGCGGGACCUAAGCACAGGAAGCAGGUGGAGGCAAAAAUGUCGGACUUGCGGGGGUACUACUUUACCGAGCUCAGUACGAAAAAAAUCCCCUUUCCCACCGACGGCGUCAACAUGCGGGACAAGUUAUCGGGGGGGCAAAUUUCUUGCGUCAAUGACAAAACUUGUUUUGCAUCGCCUGAGUAUACUGGGUACGUACGACGAGCAUCUUGGCAGUUGCAAAUAAAGACCGUGCCUGUACUAGUUCGCCGCUCUCAUCGCCCGGCGUUCAAGCGCAGUGCGCGAUCUUCUAUGGUCGUUUCCUAGAGUCAGUGUCUAUAGUAGAUACGCGAAGCAAAGUUUUGAGUUGACUCAAGAUUUUGCCAUCAUACAAAUUCGGAACGGUCGUUCACCCGCGGGAUGUGGAAUGUACGUAGAUUUGUUUUACCUGCUCUCUAGAGUCCUUUUUGAUGUUGUUUCGCAUGACAAAGGAAGCUCCUCAUUGUGAAUCUGCAUUAUGCAUCACAUGAAACCGCCCGGAAAAUACUUUUCACAGAUGGUUGCGUUCAAGCCUUUCCGCCGACCGACGUAGAUGCUGGCUUCGUGUUAUCGAGUUGAAAACGAGCUUCCCAGCCGCCUUUCCGUACCCAGAGCAAGCAACAUCAUUCGUAACAUUUUCAGACUCAUCUCCACCAACUGUCGCAGGGGGGUUUUUUCGAUUUAUUUUUUUUUGGAGAUUUGGAUUUUUAUCGUGUGAUACUAUUUGCAUGUAGACCAGUGCGGUGUCUUCAGGGCUGCGCUCCGUUUUCUCCGCCAUAUCCUCCCAACGACGUAGGUCCAGCUGCAAAGAAGAAAGUGAGUCCGCCGCCAGGAUCUACCUUUGCGUCUGGUGGCGGUGGCAAUGGCAAUGCCGGGAACUACUACGGUCGGAAUGUCAACCGCGAGAUCGAUUUUUCCGGGUCGGAUCUGGAUGUGGCAGACCAGGGCGGUGGCGGUCAAAAUGUGGAUGUGCGGAGCAUGCAGCCGAUGGACUGCUAUCCUGUGCAAAAGUAUCGCACUCGUCUUCUUGCAAUCAUGCUUUACAAUUUUUUUUCUCAAGCUAAAGCCGCAUUACAAAUUUUAUUUUUCAUGCUAAGGGAAUUUGUCAUGCAUUUAUACGAGUGCGAUACUUUUGCAGUUCAUACCUGCUACGGUCGGUUGAUUCCGGCAGACGAUCAUUGGGUGUGGAAAGGGGACGUGGACGAGGAAUAUUGUGAGGAGCUGUUCAUUAUCUCAUAGUAAAAGAGUGCUAUCAUUGUCGUUGCGUCACUGGGAGCAAAGUAGCAAAAAUCUUACCGGGCCUGGCCCGCGGCAUGAGGUAGACCGUGCAAUUUUUGUCAAGCCGCUUCUGCUGCAUAACCAUGCAUAAGGGUUUCAUGUGUGUAGUUCUUCCAUUCUGCUUCUGCUUCCAGGACGACUACAUCUACUUCAUAGCACUACUCUUUCCCCCUGCACACUCUCCAAUCCGCACCUUUACGAAAUGCACGCGAAAGACGGCUACACGAUCCUCCGCUGCCGCAUCUGCCCGGCCAUUGCGCAGAUCAACAGCAGCCACACCCCGAACAGCAACACACACCGGAAGAACUUGCACCUGGCCGGCACGAUGCAAAUGGAAUGCAUGACGGAGGAACAGAUCGCGGAGUCCCGGAAAAAAAACCCAAACAUGCCACUCCCCAUGGCGUUCGAGGAUAUUAAGCCCGGCGUGAACUGCCCGGCGGGCUACAAAAAGUUCGGGACGUUUCGGGACUCGAAGGCACUGGGUUUUUGUUGUUAAUCUUAAUGCUCUACUUGUUGUUUAGUAGUGUUGUUGUGCGGAGGUGCGCCUCCAGCGGGGUCUUCUAAGAAGUGUGGCAUAAACUACAGUAAUUUAUGGCAAUAUACUCAACGAAACCAUAAUAUUAUCACAGGGCUGUCCCGGGGGACCAAAGCCAGCACCGGCCGCCUCGCCUUCGCGACCACCGUACAACCUGCUCAAACGUUACAAUCUCAAACGUUGCAAUAGAAUUUGGAAAUCUGUGAUGCAAGAAGUGCAUGAUCUAGCCAAGUCUCAUAGGACUGCGCGUGACAAGUUCAGGAGUCCCAAACCGCCCUACAAUGUUCCGAAAUUUGUGUUGCAGAAAGUGGAAUGGUCUGCGAGUCUGUCAUGCUCAUUAUCAAAGACAAGUCCCAGACUCUAUUGCAGCGUUUGAGAUUGUAACGUUUGAGCGGGUCAUACACCGAAUCCUGCGUUUCUCCCGCCCGGGUUUGAUGCGUCCAAGCGACCAGCCCCGACCCCGUCUCCAGUGCGUAUAAAAUUCCUGUUUGAUCAUGAUCAUGGCCCUCACCCUCCUACUAGUCGACUUAAGAUUUUUCAAGUUUUCUACUAUGGUUAUUUUUGUACUACGAAGGCGAAGCAGCAGAAGAACUGCAAGGUCUUCGAAAAAGUUUUACUUCCCCGACGUGCUAAACUCCUCAGGUCCAUCUCCCGGUCCAACUGCUGCGGCACCUCCAGCCAGCAACACCAAUUAUGCCAAUACCGCCCCCGCCGGCACGAACAAUCCCGGCCAACAGCAAGCAGUGUCGAAUUACAGCAGUUACCCGGCGCCGCCGCAGGGGCAGUCGAUUCUUUCCGCCGCCGUCAUUACGGAUAUUGCUGCGCUGAAGACGCAGAUGUCGGAGCUGCAGCGGGACAGCGUUCAGAAAGAGGAGAAGAUGAAGGUGCUGAAGCAGGAGAACUUGGAUAUGGAGUGCAAAUAUGUCUGGGUCUGGAAGAGUGGAACUUGUAAUGCUGUCUGCGGAUUCUAAAAAUAUCUGUGUUGCAUGAGCAGCAAGAGGACUCAGUUCUUGGCACGCGGAAAAGGCGUUUCUCAUGCGUAAUUAGCAUCAAGAGGCUCUCAAAAAAUCUGUGUUGCUAGCACCAGCAUCACAGACCUCACGGGUCAUGCAAAAUGUGCAUGACAAGCCCCGACUCUUCCAGACCCAGACACUUUUGCAGUUGAUAUUGGAGAAAACGGAGCAAAUUCGGACGCUGAAGCAAGAGGGACUGGAGUUGCGGGAACGAAUGUACUAUAUAGGAUUUUGAAAAAAAUAGGUUUUGUUCUUCUCUGAGUGAUGAUGCAUGCAGAUGAACUGGAGGGUAUUCCAACUCGAUUGUUGCAGCGCACCUAACAUAAUUAUUGUCCCAAGGACAGGCCUCCUCGUUCGCUUGCCGCGAGGACUACAUGAUGAAGCAAACAUCACAACAGCUCUGCCCUCGAGAGGGCCAGGUCGUCCUCCGGCGGAGCACAAGUCCAGCUACCAGACGGGUCAGCGAGUCUGCAAGACGUACCAUGCGGAAAAGGCGACUGACUCCUAUCAAGCUGCAUGUCAAAUGUUACUUGUCAUGCGAGAACCGAAGGAACCCUGUACUGUCUCUGCCAUGGGCGGGGUAGCCCUCAGCAUCCUGGUCGCUUAGACCGGAUAUGUGCAAGAGGACAGCCUUUGGUGAUGUUGAUGUUAGAAGAAGAUGAAGGGAGGUUAUAUGCUACAACCCGUGCUGUAGUCAGUUCAAAACUUUUUCCACCUGAUACCCCGCCGAGGAAAGCAUGGUUCGUUCCUACCUGCAGCAGCACAGCGCCAACCUGCUUGAGAAAACCAGGCAGACACGGAAAUUGCUCCUCCGGGAACUGAAACGGCAGCGGAACAGCCACCUCGAGACGUUCGAGGCGGACAUGGCGCGGAUUUGCGGGAUCGUCCAGCACAGCUUUGACAAGGGCGACAUCGGGCAGAAGUUGCUGGCCGAUUUGGAGAACCUAGAAGCUCCUGCCGGGGAGAACAAGAGGAAUGACAGUGCCAGUCCGAAUCAUGUGAAGAUGAACAGUGUGGUCUUCAAAAAUGGCAUGAACAGUCGUAAUGCAGCCACCGUACCACCAGCGAAGGAAGACCGUCGUUGGGAGGACGAAGACCGUCACGGUAACGAUGAGGAACUGCUGCAAAGAACCAGUCAAGUGGAGGUUGAGCAAGAGUCGUACAACAUUCACAUCCGAGAACGGGACGGGAGGAAGAGCAAGAACUCCGCUACUGUAGACCACAACUCCUCGUACAACGCAAACUCGUCCCUAGUACUGAGCGACCGCGACGGGGGCAAGAACCACAACAACUACUGUGACAAAAAAGACAAAAAGUCGAAGAAAAAGGAGAAAAAGGAACGGUCUAGCUCGAAGCUUUCCGCCAGGGAUGAACACGACGAGGAGGAUGAGAGUUAUUUCUUCGACGAAAAUAGUAAAUCUGGUUCUACAACUGCAGCCGGGGUCGUUAGUAGCAGUGCGGCGAAGAUGAAGAAAAAUGAUAUGAAGGUCGUGUCCGCGAAAGAAACUGCAUUUUCUGCAGACGGUAACAAUGGUGAGCAGGAUGUUUUGAUGUCGUCAAGUACUAGUACGAAUACGAAAUUGUAUUCUUUGAAUCCGAACGCCAAGCCUUUCGAGCCGACGGGAAGAACGCCCACAAUUGGAGCAGGAGCAACUUCUACCGCAACCACAAGUUCCAAAACCUCUGGCUAUUACUUCGACGACCCCAACGUCCUCGAGAAUUUAUCGGCGAUCGUAUUGCGAGGAAAAAUCCCCCCUCCCCAUAUCGAAAAGUAAACUUGUGAUGCUGGAUUUGCGUACACAAAUCGACUUGUAUUGCUAGAAUGCCAAGAGACGCAGCUGUGGCCUGAACUGCAGGCAGUUUGUCAUGCUGUUUUCCACUUCCAGUUGCCUGCUCUCUUGCUGAAAGUGCAAGGCUUUCCCACGCCAGCCAGCACUACAGUCCGCAUCUUUUGCCUUCUAGCAUGACAACGUGACUUGUGGCAGCAAAUCAUGGUACACAAAUCUCCGUUUUGGUAUGGGGUGGAGGCUUUUUUCACUUUGAUAGAUCGAAGAGUCUCCGUCGGAAGUGGUGCAGAAGAACGUUGGGAACCGUUUGCAUAAACUGAAUAAACACGACGUUGCAGCACCACCUCCACCUCUAGAAGACGAUGAAAGCGCGACGGUCCUCUCGAGCACCCCGGACCUGCUGGAAGUGGGGUCGGCAAGCGCGUCGCCGUCCCCGGAAAUGGUGGAAACCGGAAAGAUCAAAUACGACGACUGGGGGGCCGAUUACAACUGGGAUAAAAACAGCUCGUACAACAAUAACAAUUACGACGACUGGAACAGCAGUAAGGCGACCACAAAGCAGGUGGACAAAGCCGACGACUGGGGUAAUAGUGGUUCUUACCAGAAAGAUCAGCAUGAUUCCGCCGGUGGCAGUACGACGUGUAAAGAGGGAAACGAUUUUUAUAAAGACCCGACGGGCACCAGAAGUGAUGAGAACAAUAAAGAUGCAGGGCAUGAUCAAGCGGAGGGUGCUUCCUAUACUAAAUAUUCCUGGUCCAACUACGAUGAUGCAAAUAUUGGUGACGACGGAAAUGAUAAAUCUUGGUCCAGCUGGGGUGCCUGGAAAUAGUAAGACAGGGGCAAGCAUCAACAGCAAGGUAAGAACAGAACCUGGAUGAACAGAAAUGACGCGUGACGAAGAGGAGUGGAUAGAGGGUCUCCAAUUUAAGGAUUGAUUGUCCAGGUAAGUCUAUAAAAAAACCCUCUGUACGACAAUGAGACCACGACUUCUCAGGUUUAGAAACUCGCCGCGACCACUUCAUGUCAAGAAAAAAAGAACGGCUUUAUCGCAUCACGGGACUUCAUCUGACGACCGCUGCUUCCGUGCGAUCAGCAAGACGAUACACCAGUAGUGAACAAAGAGAUGUUGAAAGAACCUAUUCCACGCAAUUCAGUUUCACGACCAGUCAGUAAAAGUACUAUAUAUGUAGUUCGUUACAUCUCUUUGAAUACAUUUUCACAUUAUUUCUGUAGUGUGCGCGGACGAAUAUCUCGUUGUGGCCUCUCUUCACGUAGUCGUCCGGCAGGAGCAUAACGCAAACCCGAAUCGAUUGUGUGCAAAAGCCUUUUGUUCUCAGACCGCCACUUCUACCCGUUUUUUCUGUUGUCUCUACAGCUUUUCUUCUUUGUGAAAUGUUCUAUCGGUGCCUGUCUCUUCCUCGGAAG